AUGGCGUUACGCUGUCUUUGCUUACUUCAUCCAGCGAGAGUGCUGCCCCUCGUCCGUGUUAUCAGCACCACUCCAACGAUGGGAGGAGGAUUCAAGCAAGGUCGUGGAACGGGAGAUUCUGGGAAAUCAAGCCUGUUCAACAAUGAACGCCGUUGGAAGGAUGAUAACGUCUUCAUGGCUUUGGGCAACGUUGACGAGCUCUCCUCCCUGCUCGGUGUUUGUCGUGAGUUGGCAACGAUUGACGACAUCCCUGACCUAGUUGAAGUUCUCACUCGACUUCAGUGCUGUUUACAGGACGUUGGGGCCCAUAUAGCCACCCCACCUCAAGCAACGUCCGAAAAGAAGAAAGAGAAAACCUUCAUUGAUACCAAUAUGGUGGAAUGGAUUCAUGCAGAGAUUGACCGUUUCGCGGACCAGUUGCCUCCCAUUCGCCAAUUCAUUCUAUACGGUGGAGGAACCACUGCAGCUCAUCUGCAGUUUGCUCGUGCAGUUUGUCGUCGUGCUGAGCGUAGUGUUGUGCCACUCGUAAGAGAAGAAGGCACCGAUCCACAGGCGAUGAAGUUCCUAAACAGGUAA